AUGGUUGCUUGCAGUCUGAAAUUGUUGAGUGGAAUGGAGUCCAUCUUUGUGCCAUCUAAUGAACAUGCUUCUAUAAUCGAGUCUAAUGCUAAUACUUCAUCUGAAAUUUCUAAGUCUAAAGAACAAGAAAAACAGGAUCAAGAAACAUCUAAUUAUUCGCCAUUAGAAGAAUCGCCAGAAUUUGAAGAUGUCCAAGAAGUUACUCCUAUUGGUAGGAGCAGGAGUUUAGGUAGGGGAAAUAGAAGUGGUCUUAGUAGUCUACCACAAAGAUCCAAUCUUGGCAAGACAAUGAUUGGUGACAUUGGCAAUUACUUCGCUCUUAAAACAACACCGAGAGCUCAACCUUAUAUUAGAAGUGUGUUCGCUUGCAAAGAAAAGAAGAUGAGGGUUGAAAUGGUUCUAGCAAGAUGGAUGUAUGAUGCUUGCAUUCUAAUUAAUGUUGUGAAUUCUAGUUAUUAUCAACUUAUGUUGAAUGUUGUAGCUGCUUAUGGUCCUAGAUAUAGAGGCCCAAAUUAUCAUGCUCUUCGAGAUGCUAUUACUUUGAGUAACUUGUUUGAUGAAAUUGUUACUUGGGUUGGUCCUACAAAUAUUGUACAUUUGGUUACUAACAAUUUUGCAAAUUAUGUAACUACUGGAAGAAUUUUUUGUGCAAAAUAUAGGAACAUUAGUUGGUCACCUUCUGCAGCACAUUAUCUAGACCUAAUUUUAAAGGAUAUUGGGAAAAUAGAUCAUUUAGAUAAACUUGCAAAGCAUGCAUCCAAAAUCACAAUGUUCAUCUAUAACCAUGUGGCUUUGCAAGCUUGGUUGAGGACUAGAAAAAAUUGGACAGAAAUUGUGCAUCCAGGGCCAACUAGACUUGCUACUACUUUCAUUGCCUUAGGGAGCCUUAAGGAACAUAAGCAUGGCUCACAGGCAUUGGUGACAAGCAAAUUUUAUGUUGAAUCAAGAUAUGUAAAAGAUAAGAAAGCAAUAACAGUGUUGAAAAUCAUUAUUGACAAUCAAUUUUGGAAUGAUUGUCAAGUAAUUGUGCAUAUUGUAUCACCACUGAUUCGUUUAUUACGCAUUGUUGAUUCUAAUGAAAAACCAGCUAUGGGAUAUGUUUAUGAUGGCAUGUAUAGAGCAAUUGAUGGAAUCAAAAAAAAAUUCAAGAAUAAGAAGAGAUUAUGGGAGCCUUAUGUUAAUAUUAUCAAGGAUCGUUGGAAUAUUCAAUUCUAUAGAGAUAUUCAUGUUGUAGCUUAUUGGUUGAAUUCUGCAUUCCAAUAUGACUCAUCCACUCUUAACAAAAGGCUAGAGACACAAUCUACUAUGACAGAUGUUAUUGAAUCAAAAGUUUCAAGUGGUCGAAUCAGGUUGGUGGAGGAAUUAAAGCAAUUUCGAGACUAUGAACAAACUUUUGGAGCUAAACUUGCUCAAGAAUUAGCCAAGACAUCUCAGUUAGGUAAGAUAUUGUUACUUUAG